AUGGCAGAGCACACAACGGUGGUGAAUAAGAACGACGAUAACUCACAGUUUGCAGCUCACUCUAUGGAACCCGGCUAUAUUUUGCAGUUUAACGAGGUGGAAAUCCUCGCAAGUGGUGACAACCGCGUAAGCCGUGAGUUGCUCGAGUCGUGGUCCUCAGGACCACAAUGCAUCAACAAGCUGCUCAAGUCGUGGUUCUCAGCCCCACAGUCCAUCAAAAAGGGCCAUUUUCACACUGCGUUCUGA